AUGAGUGAAUUGCCUAAACCGAUUACUGAUAGUUUUUUGAAAUCACAAACGUUAUCUCAAGGAGAUUCACAAAAAACGGCACAAAACGAAUCUGAAAAUUUCAUCCUGGAUCCGGAAAAUUCGAAUGAUAGAAAAAUAACGUCAAAAAAACGGGUUUUAGAUGAUGAUGCCUUUUCACAAUAUGGAGAAAUUUCUAAAGCUACCAAAUACAAUCAUAAUGAUAGUAUUAGAACCUUUUGGAAAUCAAAUACUAUUCAUGCUAAAUUAUAUAAUGAAAGGCUUGAUGACCGAGAA